CCAGCGUCACGAAAAUAAAUCAACAAGUCUCCCUUCCUCCACAACCCAUCCUCAAGCCCCUGAAACCUCCCCAAACUAUGCCCUCCCCGUCCUCAGAACCCGACUCUAACUCCCCAAUCUUUUCCCCCACCGAAGAAUCUGCCCUUCUCACUCAAUCCCACUCCGAAAAGGCCUCCGCAAACAAAACCUUCACCUCCGGGGACUACUCGUCCGCAAUCCAAGGCUACGAAAAGGCCCUUAGUCUGUGUCCCGCCUAUCUCGAAUACGACAUUGCAGUCCUCCAGUCUAACAUCUCUGCCUGCCACCUAAAACUCCAAGAAUGGAAAUCCGCGGUAGAAGCCGCGACGCUAGCGUUGGAGGCACUAGAGCGCGUUGAGCCACCUUCUGCAUCUGCGACCAAUACUCAAACUCCAGGGAAAGAUGGUGAUGAUAGUGGUAGUGGGCGGAGGAAGGAACACAGACGACUAGGACAGCAAGGAGAGGCAGUAGAGAAAGAGGCAGCGGUAGAGGUGGACGACGCAACCGAAGCCCGAAUAUUGGCACUAACCCGUACCGGUCAUACUCUGCACACCGUCCACAAGCUGCGCACCAAAGCCCUUCUCCGACGCGCAAAAGCCCGGCGCGAAGUCGGGGGCUGGUCUUCCUUGCAAGGCUCGCUAGAAGACUACCAAAUACUCUAUACCCCGCCCUUACUAUCUCUCUUAUCAAGCCUUGAUUUGAAGAUCGUGCAGGCGGCGCUAAGAGAACUACCACCUAGGUUGGAGGAUGCGAAGGGGAAGGAAAUGGCAGAAAUGAUAGGGAAACUGAAGGAGUUGGGGAAUGGGAUUUUGAAGCCUUUUGGAUUAAGUACGGAGAAUUUCCAGUUUACGAAAGAUGAGAAGAGUGGGGGGUAUAGUAUGGGGUUUAACCAGAAUGGUGGUUGUUGAAGUUGG